GCGGUGCGUGCCUGUGUGUGUGUGUGUGUGUGUGUGUGUGUGUGUGUGUGUGCGUGUAUGUGCGUGUGCGUGUGUAGGGGAGGCUGGAGCGGGGUGGGACCGAGGAGCCGUGAUUACAGCUCUCCCCGGAGAAGAAGAUUGCUCUCUCCAGAUGCUGAUUUCUGAAGCACUUGGCAAUCAUCAGGCGGGAGCCGGGAAGAAGCGGCGGUAGCCGCCCCGGCCGCGGCGAUGGCAGCGGCGGCCGAGAGGGAGGCGGCGGCGCGGGACUGAGGGGCAGCGCUGCCGGUCGGACACGAUCCGACCCGACCCGAUCCGACCCGACCGGGCGCGGCUCUGCCCCGAGUCCCGCUCGCUCCUCUCUGCGCCUCCAGCCCGCCCACCCGCAGACACCCUCCCUAGCAGGUAGUAGGUGCCCCUGUGCCGGGACACGGCGGGGGUGACGGCGGGGCACCCAUGCGGUGACCCUCGGCGGCAGCAGCUCCCGCCGGCCGCAGGGUGGAGGUGCCCCUCCGCAGCCGCGCCUCGGGCCGGAGGAGGCUGCCGCUCGCCCGCGUCCCCCGGGGAUGGGUCCCCGCCGGGGCUGAGAGCCCCGCCGCCUCCCGCCUCUCUGCCCGGCGUGGGCGAUCCGGCUAGCAGCCAUGGCAGCGGCCAUCGCCAGCGGCUUGAUCCGCCAGAAGCGGCAGGCGAGGGAGCAGCACUGGGACCGGCCCUCGGCCAGCAGGAGGCGGAACAGCCCCAGCAAGAACCGCGGGCUCUGCAACGGCAACCUGGUGGACAUCUUCUCCAAGGUCCGCAUCUUCGGGCUCAAGAAGCGGCGGUUGCGGCGCCAAGAUCCCCAGCUCAAGGGUAUAGUGACCAGGUUAUAUUGCAGGCAAGGCUACUACUUGCAAAUGCACCCCGAUGGAAGUCUCGAUGGAACCAAGGAUGACAGCAGUAAUUCUACUUUAUUCAACCUUAUACCAGUGGGACUUCGAGUUGUUGCUAUCCAGGGUGUAAAGACUGGGUUGUAUAUAGCCCUAAAUGGAGAAGGUUUCCUCUACACAUCAGAACUUUUUACACCAGAGUGCAAAUUCAAGGAGUCCGUUUUUGAAAAUUAUUAUGUAAUCUACUCAUCCAUGCUCUACAGACAACAGGAGUCCGGGAGGGCCUGGUUCUUGGGGCUGAACAAAGAAGGGCAGGUCAUGAAAGGAAACAGAGUGAAGAAAACAAAACCAGCAGCUCAUUUUCUACCCAAGCCAUUGGAAGUUGCCAUGUAUCGAGAACCAUCUUUGCAUGAUAUUGGAGAAACAGUGCCAAAGGCUGGGGUAACUCCAAGUAAAAGCACAAGUGCAUCUGCAAUAAUGAAUGGCGGCAAACCAGUUAACAAGAGCAAGACGACAUAGCCAGAUCCUCACAGGUGUUGUGACUUACUGAAUCUCGAGUACAGUUGAGCGAUUUAUCCUUGCCAGACUUCCUUUCGGCAGUGUCUGUGGAUCAGCUUGCAGCAAGUCACCGACUUGCCCGUUGCUGUUUCUGAACUGAGUUGUUGCAAGUGGAUAAAUCUCAACAUGUAGCUCUACCCAAAAAAAGAAGACACCUGGACAAACCAGCUAAACUCAGACCAUGGAAUGCCCUACCAGAUAUUGGAAUGCCUUUUUAAUAUCUUUUCUGUGACUGUGACACUUCAUGUGAAUCACAUACUUCACAAGUACACUUGAUACCUUGCCUGCUGACAAUUGCCCAUAAUCCUUUUUUGAGUCCACUUUCAGCAAAAUCCAUGUGUUUAAGUUCUAUUUUGUAGCACACGAAUAAUCAAGUAAUUUCUAGUUAGAUGCUGUAAACCUGUGCUAUUAUGAAUUUCUCUUCUUCCCUUUUUUAUAAGGCUGCUCGCUCCACUCUUUGUGAACUUUUGCAGGGAUUGUGUUUCUCUAUAACUUAAGUGUUGCCGGUGGCUUAGUUUUGAAAGCAAUCAGGGAAUCGGAAGCCUUCAAAAAUCUAUUAUUACAAAUUAUAUCUAUAAAGAAUAGGAUCGUUGUCUCUGGCUUACAAUAUUGAUUAAAUGUGAAUACUCUUUAGUAAAAGAUACUGUGCUUCUGAGGUUGGCGUUAUAGUGGAGGGAAGAGUGUCAAACACAACCAACGGGGAGUUUUAUGAAACACGUGUUUGGCAUCCCCGUGUAGUUUCUUUUUGUGUGUGUGUUUUAUACAUAUCACAGGCUUACUGGUAAUGGUAACAUUUGCCUUGCCCAGCGAGCAAGACCCACUCACUUUUGGGAAAGUGGGUCCAAAGAAUUUUGUAGGCCUUGUAGGCCUGAAUUAAGGCUCAUUUUUCAUCUACUAAAUCUUCAUUGUUUGAAAAACAACCACAACCAAUAAAAAAAAAAAUAAGUAAGACUAAUCAGAAUCGUGCUACCUAAAUCCAUUUCAAAUAUAAUCCUUUCCUGUUUUUAAGGAACUGAACUUAAUGCCAUUGUUAUUUUUGGCUGAAUUCCACACCUACUUAGCAAAGCAUGGGCAAGGAUGUUGUGUUCUUUUUUGCAGCACCAAUGCAAAGGGUAGUUACGAAUUAUAGUUUAAUAUUUCUGGUGUUUAAAAAAAAAUUUAAAACUGGACAUAUUACAAAACUUUAUUUUUAUUUUUAGCUAAGCAUGCAAAGUCCAGUCCUAGGUAUUUCACUGAUAUCCCGGUAUGUACCUCCAGCCAGCUUCUGAGGAUAACAUGCCCACCAAAUUGCUAGAUUGAAGGUGCCUUGCCUUGAUCUCUAUAUACUGUACUUUCUCCUACAUCAAUCUAGAAGAAAUGAAAAACAUUAUAAAAUUGAAGCCUUGGAUCAUAUUACCAGAAACAACAUUAACCCUUUGAGUUUCUCCCUUGUGAACAAUUAAGCCAAUGUUGUGGGGUGAGGUGGGCUUGGGGGGGGGAAGAAUUAGAGAAUGCCACAGAGGUGCCACUGAAGUUUUUGCAUGCUUAGUCACCGGCUUUCAGGAGAUUAAAAAUAUGGGCACUCUCUGUAUGCUUAAGAUGGAAUUUAUUUCUCAGAAAUGGCAGCAAAGAUCAAACUGUAUCUCAGUCUGGAAAACUGUGUGGCCUCUUGCUGUUACCUUGAUAUUUAAAGACAAAAAAGGUGGAAACCAUCCAUUCCUUUUUUAGCACUGUAUUUCUGGCAAUUUGUUUUACCACGUCUUUGUGCUGAAGUCCCUAAGAGAGGCUGCUGGUUAUUUCAAAGUCCCUGUCUGCUCAGCUGAACAACUGAUUCAGUCUGAAUGAACUCUUCAUACUAGUUUUCAAAUGUGUUCUGUUUUUAUAAGAAACAUUUAGUGUGCUCUUCAAGGAGGCUACUGUAAAGCUGCUAAAUUCUAGAUAAACUUUUCUUUUCUGUAGGUCAGACUUCCUUUUGUAUAUGUGCUAUGAGAACAGCAAGCUAGUGAUUGAUGUUGGGUCUUUCUAGGGAGGGAAUGAGUUAAGCACGAAGCCCUCUAUCCAUGUAGGGGAGAAAAAACAAAACAAACCUAAUCUAAAACUGUGAUAAAAAUACAAAGAAACUUUGACUUAGACUGUGCCCUUGUCUGCUAGCACUAAAUAUAUGUGCAUGGGAAAAACACCACUUUAUUAAAAACUUUGGUGUACCCUUCUAAUCCUAUCUGGUCCAGUGGGAUUUAUGCACCAUCCCUGAGAAAACAAAACAAAACCAAAGCAACUCACAUGAUGAUCUGGGGGUUUACUCUGCACCUGGAAGAUUCAUGAGAGGCAGCAGCCAUGAUGCUGUACUAUCAGCUGGGUCCUGGGGAUGGCCCCGGGCCUUCCUACAAUUAUAAGAGGAGCACUUCACAAUAUUUCAAGUAAGACAAUACAGCUGAAGGCUACAUUCUCUCUCACCUGAUUCAUGAGCAGUGAAUACACGAGUUCAUGUCUCAUCCAGCUGUCUUUUUACUCCCCAGUGUAAGAACCUGAGGAGAGACAGGGCUGGAAAACUGUCUGAGCAAAGCGAGGAAGUUCUGGUUCAUGGCCUGAUCCUAUAUAAGUAUUGUUUUCAACACUAACCUUUUGAUCCUGAGUAACUAUGAUCUGUGAACCACUUUGGGAGUCUAUAAUUAAGGCCAGAUUUAAUUUCUGUAAGUUGUUAGUGCAUACUGGAAAUACAGCAUUUUUUUAAAUUAUUGUUUUCUGGGUUUGUUGCUGUGGGCUAAAUUCUUAUGUAUGUUUAAUCCAAUGAAUAGAUGUUCUAAUUUUUUUUUAUUAUUACAUUUUGUUUAAACAUAAAAAGUUGUCUUUGUGCUUUCUUUCUUCCCUUUUAUUUUGUCUUGUCUCAUCUGUUACAUGGAAAGAGGAUGGCAAGGAUGAACUGCAUGUUGUAGGUUGUAUCUGUCAAAGAACUGUUGGUCAGUACUACUAAAUUUACAAACAUAUAUGCAAAGAGUUUGCAUUGUACAGUUUGUUUAUUCUUAUUUGAUGUAUACACAGAUUCAAAAUGAUGAAUAAAGCACUUAUAUGAAGGCAUAUAUGAAACCAACAAAAAAGUUUAUGUAAAAAGUAGACUGUGCAAAACAUCAUUGCACUGCCCACAGGAUGGUGAAACUUCAUGUAAAUAGGUUGGCAAACUCAAUUCUCCCCUUUUACCAUGCCAAAGAAAAUUUUAGCUCCUUAAUAUAAUACCUCUCUUGCUGUUCUCCAGAAUAAGACUUCACCAUUUUCUUCCCUCUAAAAUUAAUUUUGCUUUUAAGUGAAAGCUGUUUUCAACUAUCUGUUACUACUAAAGUACUGUAUAGUAAACCUGAUGGAAUCAAUUUGUAUUUAUAGACUGGGGGUUUUGUACUUACAUGUGCAGUUGCCUGUGAAUCUGCAGCCUUCCAGAUCUUUUGCAUGCUUGCUUUGUAUUUUAUUCUUCUGGGUUUUCUCUAAUCUCUGAGAGACUGUUUGCACAGCAAUCUAACCUCAUCUUACCAUUUUAUAUGUUAACACUGCAUAUAGUCAUUAUCUCUUCCCUUUUUUUUUAAAUCUGUAUUUCAGCUACAGUUCUAUUUGGCAAAAUCAAUCACACCUGCACAGUUUCAGAAAUCCAGUUUUAAGUAGAUAUGAACUAUUUAAACAAAGCAUCAUUUUGUUGUACUUCAAAAAUUUUAUAAAUAGACAAGAAUCCUUAUGAGAUUGCUCACAUGAUAGAGCCUGUAGAAGGGGCUCUAGCUCCUUUUAAGUGGUUUGCGGUUCACAUAACACAGCCUUUGCUUAACUUGUUGGGGGUUUUAGCCAUUCUUAAAUGAUUUUUUAAUAUAUUGUCAUUUUCAUAAACUUUAACUGGUAUAGUCAUGUUGAUUCUUACUAAACCUCUUCCCUCUCUCCCCACCGUCUCACCCCCAUAAAGAUAUUCACUUUGACUAUGGCAUAUACCUGACACAACACUAAGAACUCUAGCUUUAUAUAUAUAUGUAGGGAAACUUUUUGUCUUGAUUUAAUACUAGUUUAAGCAAUGAGGUAUGAAAUCAAGCAGUUUGGUCCAUGCAGUAAAAGUAUGUCUUGCUGAUCCUUCUGUUUAUUGGUAUAAAGAAGAAAUUGUUCAGCUCCAUUCAAAUGGGAAUCCAAAUAAAAUUAGACUAAAUUAGAAGGUUCUCUUUCUUUUAAAUGACCCUUUAGAUAAAUUCAUAUUCUGUGCAAUGCAUUCUAAAACAUUUAAUAAGAGGGAUUUUUUUGGUGAUGACUAAUACAAAUGCUAUGACUUAUUUUUAAAGAUGUAAUAAAAUUUUUGUUCUGUUACCUAGUCACAGAAAUAUUCAACUGAGUUUUCUUCAUCCCAGUAUCACAUAGCUGUAUCAUUUAGCUACAAAGUGAGAUGACAUUCUGCUAAGAAGCAAUGGGCAAAGCAUCAGAAAAGUGAGAGCAGGUACAUGAUUAAAUGUUCAUCUGCGUGUUUCUAAAAGAGAGUGUGGCCACUGAUAAAAAGGGUCACAAGCAGGUUAAUAAUUUAUAGAAGCAAAUCAAUCCACAACUGUUUUAUAGCUGAUAUUACAGAUAAGUUAUAUACAGUAGGCAUUAUUCUGCAAGUCUGUUAUAGAAGCAUUCAGCACACUUCUGGAAUAUGUUCUUUCUCUCAUAAGAAAGCAAGGACAUAAUAUUUUUUUUCAUAAGGUUUACUAAUUUAAUCAGUACAAAAUCCCCAUUUAUCCAAUUUGGUUUUGCCUUUUGUCACAGGUCUGGGAGAAAGUUUUUACAGUCACUAGCUCUAAAGAAUUAAGCAGUAAGUUUCACUUCCUUAUGCCUCUUCCUGCUUUUACACUUUAUGUAUCUAGAAUUCCCAUCAUACGGAAUGAGGUGUAAAAUUACAAUUUGCUAUUACAGCUGUUAUAUUCACAUACGUGGAAUAAUAAUCUUAUUUCUUCCAAUCUCGUUUUUAGUGAGAAAAUCAGCCACAAAACAGAUCUGCUGGGUGUUACACCACCAGUUACCUCAACAUGAAGAGGGGAAAUGUUCAAGCAACGUUAUAAGACACAAAAUAAAAAUUGGAAAAAAAUUAAUGUGAACAUUGCGUUUUUAAUAGUCUUAGUUAAUGCUUUAUGGUUUACAGUAAUAGCACCGUUUUGUUUGAUAAUUGCAUUUUAAUGAAACACAGAGAGUAACUGUUGUAGAUAUCCUUUUUUUUUUUUCAUAUGUACUAUAAAAAACAAUUUGGAUAACAGAAAUACUGUGGCUGUGUAAUCCGUCCAGUAGUCAAAUGUUGGAGUUGAUUUGUUUUUUUCAAAAAAACCCAAACAAACUAGAAAGAAGAAUUACCUUACAUUCUUUAAGUAUAUAAAUUUAAAAUUAAAGCAAAUUAAAAAGUAAAAUGCAUCAAAUACAAUACUGCAACCAGCUAAAGAAUUGUUCUUUUAUAUAUGAAUGUGUACCUGAAAUACCACAGCUGGUCUACAGUAUAUAUAAAUCUACUAAUGAUGGCAUGAACAAGCCAAAAGCAUCUACUGACACCAGAUAAGAGUUUUGAUUAUCUGAUAUUUUCUUAUUACUGUACUAAAUACAGAUGGAAGAAAAUAAAGGAAAACUUUGUAUCCUU